GAAGUCACAGCGACUGCUUUAUUUGCCAGGGUGUGGCUCAACACAUCGUAGUCAAGUUUAAUCCUCCUACUAGCGUAUUUUAUUCCUCACACCUGCUGCUGUUUCGGUCUGUGCUGCAGUCCUUUGCUCCUAAAUUGAAACUCUUCUCUCGAUUCGAGCUCUUUGAAGUGUACGUGAAUCUCAAAGAUGGCUGGCAAAGGUACAGUGAAGCCCCACAGUGGAUUCAAUGCUAAUAGUGAUGCUGAAGUUCUCUACAAGGCAAUGAAAGGACUCGGCACUGAUGAGGAUGCCAUUAUCCAGCUGUUGACAGCACGCAGUAAUGCACAGCGCCAAGAAAUCAAAGCUGCAUACAAAACCCUGCAUGGAAAGGAUUUGGUGGAUAAUUUGAAGUCAGAGCUGGGUGGGAAGUUUGAGAGUCUGAUAGUGGCUCUGAUGACUCCUCCCAUCAUGUAUGCGGUCAUGUGUCUGCGGGAUGCUAUUAAGGGUGCAGGCACAGAUGAGAAGGUGUUGGUUGAGAUCUUGGCAUCUAGGUCACCUAAUGAAGUCAACCAGAUCAAAAGUUUAUACAAGCAAGAGAAUAAUGAUGACCUGGAGGAAGAUGUGACUGGUGACACUGGAGGUCAUUUCGAGAGGAUGCUGGUUGUUUUGCUACAAGCCAGCAGACAGCAGGGUAUACAAGAAGACCUCAUCCAAAGCGAUGCCCAGGCUCUGUUUGCCGCAGGAGAAAAGAAGUAUGGAACUGAUGAAGGCCAGUUCAUCACUAUACUGGGAAACCGUAGUAAUGCUCACCUUAGGAGAGUGUUUGAGGAGUAUAGGAAGCUCUCAGGGUAUGAAAUAGAGGAGAGCAUCCAGAGAGAGACAUCAGGAACUCUCCAAGAAGUACUGCUGGCUGUGGUGAAGUGUGCCCGCAGUGUGCCAGGUUAUUUUGCCGAUAGCCUUUACGGUGCCAUGAAGGGGGCAGGCACCGAUGACCAGACCUUGAUCAGGAUCAUGGUUUCCCGCAGUGAGGUGGAUAUGUUGGAUAUACGUGCUGAAUUCCGCAAGAGGUUUGCUACCUCUCUGCACAAAAUGAUUCAGGGUGAUACCGCAGGUGACUACCGUAAAGCCCUGCUGCUGCUGUGUGGCGGUGAUGAUGCAUAAACCCUGCCACCCUCUCUGCCUGGGUCGGAUCACAUGACUCCCACCUCAGGGGCAGGUCUAUGGGAUGAGGGCCUAGUCCCCUUCUGAACCCAAUUCAGGACAAAUUGCAAAAACAUGACAUUCCAAAUCAAAAGAAGGAUCUUUUGUCCAACUGUGAAGGUGCUCUGUAUAGCACAGAAUUACUUAAUUCAAAUUAGCAAUAAGCAAAUUUUGGCACUUAUAUUUCAUGAAUUGCAUAAUAGAUUUAGAGAGGAAAAAUAUUUUAGUAUAUUCAAAGACUCAGAGAAAAACAUAACACUUCUCUGCUUGUCUUAUGCAGUCUAUCAUGGAAGAAAAAGCCAUUUCUUUUUAAAGAUGAAAACUCAAGCCUUAUGAAGUUUCUCAAAAUAUACAUUAAGACCAAAGAUUUGUACUGGAUGAAGCAAUAUUUUAUAUGCAUUCAACAAUUUUUCACUUAUUUAUUGUUUGUAUACUUACUAACUUCCUUGAUAUUUCAGUUUAUAGCAAUAUAGUAUAAGAACCAGUCUCAUAAUUGGCAUCGUUAGCAAGGUCUGUCUGAGUAUGUUUUAAACUAGAUUUGUGGUAGUUAAAGGAAAGAUUCACUGUACUUUUGGUUUCAGUGGUUUGGAAAAAAAGAAGGUCAUUUCAUCAGUAUUCCACUGUUAAAGUUAAACAUAUUGCCCAUGAUUGGCACAUUGAUAUAUAUAUAUAUAUAUAAUUACACCCAGCAAAUAAAGAUUAGCAAAAAGUUUGUCCUCUUUAAGCUUAUUAAUAUUUAUUAAAAGCUAAAGAAAAAGGUGCUACUUACUAAAAUGUUUUAAUAUUUCAUUGCCAUAAUGUUCACAAUAAACACUGAUGAAAUAAAAGCAAA